GAGCUACUUCCAUGUGGGCUUCCUGCUGUGGAUUGCUGAAUGAAGUCAUGGGUACCGGAGCUGUCCGUGGCCAGCAGGCUGGCUUUGGGGGAGGUGCUGGCCCCUUCAGAUUCGCACCAAAUACCAACUUCUCAGCGUACCCGUCCCCAGCUGCGGCGAGCACUAACAUAGUUUGCAAAGCCUGUGGACUUUCCUUUUCAGUUUUUAGGAAAAAACACGUGUGCUGCGACUGCAAGAAGGACUUUUGCUCGGUUUGCUCAGUCUUACAGGAGAACCUCAGAAGAUGUUCCACUUGUCACCUGCUGCAAGAAACAGCCUUUCAGCGACCUCAGCUAAUGAGAUUGAAAGUAAAGGAUCUGCGGCAGUAUCUGAUACUCAGAAACAUACCAACAGAUACUUGCAGAGAGAAAGAAGAUUUGGUGGAUCUCGUGCUGUGCCACCAUGGGCUGGGCUCGGGGGAGGAUGUGGACGCUGGCAGUUUGCAUUCGUCACGGUCACAGACUUCGGGGUUUUUUACUCAUCCGUUUUCUAUGUCUGUAUCGGUGUCGCCGUCUCAAGGAGAACUUGCAAACAGAAGGGGAAGCACAGGAAAUGGAACAGCUUUACGGGGACAAACUGAAACAUCUCCUGUAAAUAAUGAAGAAGAGGAAAGUGCAGAAGAGCAGACCCCUGGAUUGUCCAGAAAACGAGCGAGGGCAUCUUUGUCCGAUAUCUCAAGUCUGGAAGACAUUGAAGGGUUGAGUGUUCGGCAGCUGAAGGAAAUACUGGCCUGUAAUUUUGUCAACUACUCAGGAUGCUGUGAAAAAUGGGAACUUGUGGAGAAAGUGAGCAGACUGUACAGAGAGAGUGAAGAAAACCACAAGACACAAGGGGAGAAGAUGCAGCUGAACGACAACGACGAUAACCUGUGUCGGAUCUGCAUGGAUGCCACCAUCGACUGCGUCCUGCUGGAGUGCGGCCACAUGGUCACGUGCACCAAGUGCGGGAAGAGGAUGAGCGAGUGCCCCAUCUGCCGCCAGUACGUUGUACGGGCCGUGCACGUCUUCAAAUCUUAAACCAGACCUAAAAAAGGGAUUUCUAUAGUCACCCUGCCAGGAU